CCAAAGGCGGAAGAAGACACAAAAACAACAACAGGAGCGGCAGCGACUCUCUCGCUCGGCGACGAUAGUUGAUAAGAAGGGCGACAGAGCAAUUUAACACUUUCCUGUUGAACACUACAUCGUUCCGGCGGCUUGGCUAGAGUCAACACGCCUGUUAUUGUUUACAUUUAUUGAAAAAAUGUCACUAUUUGGGAAAAUAUUCGGCAGCGGCGGUAAGGGUGGAAAAGCGCCGACUCCCCAAGAUGCUAUCCAGCGACUCAGGGAGACGGAGGAGAUGUUGGCCAAAAAACAGGAGUUUCUAGAGAAGAAAAUCGAACAGGAGCUCGUGACGGCAAAGAAGUACGGCACAAAAAACAAACGAGCGGCUCUGCAGGCCUUGAAGAGGAAAAAGCGUUACGAGAAGCAGCUGGGUCAGAUCGACGGGACGCUGUCAACCAUCGAGUUCCAGAGGGAGGCUUUGGAGAACGCCAACACUAACACAGAAGUGCUCAAGAACAUGGGCUUCGCCGCCAAAGCAAUGAAGGCUGCACACGAGAACAUGGACAUAGACAAAGUAGACGACCUGAUGGCUGAAAUCACAGAACAACAGGAAGUGGCUCAAGAGAUCUCAGAUGUCAUUUCUAGACCCGUCGGCUUUGGGGAAGACUACGAUGAGGAUGAGCUCAUGGCAGAGCUGGAGGAGCUGGAACAGGAAGAGCUGGACAAAAAUCUUCUGGAAAUCGAAGGAACGGAAGACGUCCCUCUACCCAGCGUACCAUCUGCAUCACUUCCAUCUAGACCAGCCAAGAAGAAGGAGGAAGAAGACGAAGACGACAUGUCGGAGCUAACGGCCUGGGCAGCUAACUGAGCUAGCUUUCCAUGCUAGCUGGCUAGCCCCCCUCUCCUGUCUGUCUCUUAGCUGCAAGACAUCUCUAAAAGAGACAAAGACUCUGGGCUGAGCUGGCUGCUGCUCUGUCUUAAAGCCGACAUCCCAAUAUCUAACCAUACCCCAACUCUAAAGUAUGCACUUGUGCACGGUUGCAAAUGAAAUGAACUCGGGCUUUUCUCUUCUGAUUACUGUCACAGACUGAAUCUCUUUGCUCCAACUGCGCACUCCUCUAUUUCUGAAGGGCAUAGAGUUUGGGAAGAAAAUACCGUGUCUGUCAGCCUGUGGCUAUGUACAUCAAAGAUGCAUGAAUGAGCACUAAGGUGCAUACUUGUAGGAGAGGGUGUGUGGAGGAACAGGACGAGGCUUGUUUGUGGAAGGAAUGUGAAGAAUCAACAGAUGUGUCGCAAAAAAAAAAAUCAAAAAACAGAAACACAACAUGACUCGCCAUUUUUCUGCUUCCUGUGUUGUCAUCGUUCUUCUCUUCUUCUUAGAUGACGACAACCCAUCUCUGCUACAUAUAAACAGCAGGCGUAAAUGGUUACUAAAAUAUAAAUGUGUAGGACAGAAAUGUCACUGUCAAAUUACAAAAGGAGGACAUGCUGCUGUAGUGGAAAAAUGUAAAUGGGACAAUGGGAGGGUUUGAGGUUUGAUCUCUCUGUCAGUCACAUCUCCUGCUGAAAUGUCAUAUGAAAACCUCUGGGUGUAAUGGGUAAUAGGUUAAGUUACUAAUAAAAUUGGAAGCAAAACACAUUUUCCAGAAAAGCUAUUAUUUGUAUACAGAGUGAGAUGAUUUGCUUGAUCAGUUAGUCAGUUUGCUUAAUUUAGUUAUCCCUCCAAGAUCCACUUUGUUGUCCCUGCAGAAAUCUUUUUUGACCCACUUAGUAGUUCUUUAGAUAUAGAAGUCGUUGAAUUGAUUUGGUCUUAAAUUUCAGUUCUAGAUGAACAAGCUCAAACCUGCCAUACCACAGGUGCAUUUAAAGGAAACAGGUUCAUUAAGUUUUUCUGAGUUGAGAAUUUGCUUUCAGUUAUGAAUGGCUGCUCCUCCUUUCUUUAGAGCAGUGUUAUAAUUAUAACCUGCACUGAGCAAUGUGCAGGCUGUGUCAUACGAUAUUCCAACCUAAUCAUUAAUACAGCUAUCUGUGCCAUAAAGUAAAUGACAAUGUUUUUUUGUGGUCGGUAGAUAACAAGCCAGCGCUACCUCUGUUGCUGCUUCUCGAGCCAGUCUUUGGCUAUAAGUAAAAAUAUAUAAAUACCACAUUAAAGGACAAGUGUGUAGGAUUAAGCGCCAUCUUGUGGUGAAGUAGCAGGUUGCAGGCAAGCUACGCCUCUCCCUUUCUAAGAAUCUAAAACCAGACCUGUAGACAUAAAGUGCUCAUUCCAAGCUAAUGAACAUAAACAAUGAUCAUGUGAAAACUACAGUUGAGCAUUAGCAUGUCUGCUAACCAAUCCUUAAACCCUACACACUAGUCCUUUCCAUUCAAAAACAAAAACAAGAGAACGUUCCUCAAACUUGAAAGGAAAAUGUAAUCAAUUAUAUCUGGUGGUAUCUGACCACACCAUCUCAAAAUGAACAGCUGUUUGGUUACAUAUACAAUAUCCAAUAUGAGUUUGUUUAAAGAUCUUUCUUAUGCUACACCCCCUCCAUCAUCUUUGGAUCAUCCACAAAACACACUUUGUACAAAAGAAAUAGUGAAGUUGAAAAAGGAAAUCUCGGACUUAAAUACCUAAAAGCUGAAGGCAAAUAAAAGCAAAACUGUCUGUGUAUGUAUUUUAACAAGACAGCGGUGUUCCGCUAGCUGACAUUGUCCAAGAAAAUAUGAUUGGUUUGCAUAAAUGGGACCAUUUUGUAGUCAAAAUACGGAAGGAGUAAAAUGUCUCAAUAUGGCCGCCAGAAGGCACAUUACAUCACCUGCUACUUUGAAGUUGCUUGUGCCUGACACCUGCGGCGCCUUGUCUGUGUGUGAUUUAACAGUGACAGAAUCUGUGGAAACCCUGCAUUGUUUGAAUUAGAGGGUCGUGUGUGCGUGAGUGUGUGUUGAUUUUUGACAUAGUGACCUCUUACAAAGUUUUAGUCAAACUGUGAUGGAUAUUUUUUUUCUUUUUCUUUUUUAGUUGCAGUUGACUUACCUGCGGUACAAAUUAAGCUCUGAGCGAAGAGCAUGACACAUGUUUGCUCUAUGUCAGUCUUCCUGAUCCAAAUAUUAGUCUAACUUUUACUCACUGCCCCACUUCUUGUGGAUGCUGCAACACUUCCUCCUUCAGGUCUAUGAAUAGACCGAUUGGGAUAAAACCCCAGUCGUUACACACAUAUUUAUAUAUAUAUAUAUUAAACUUGCCUAUGCCAAUAGAGUUUUUCUUUCCUUCUUUUUUCUUUCUGUUUACCUCAGAUGCCAUUCAUGUUCUCUCUGGCCGUUCAGAUAUAUAUAAUGUGUCCUGUAUCUACUUCUGCUCAGAUCUGUACAAAGACGAUAGACAUUGGGGGUUUUCCAUGUGACAGUCAUGUGACUGUUGUCAGUGUGCGGUUGUAUGCAGUUCAUUUUAAUAAAGUUGGGAUUCAAUGCAA